CUAGCCAACUCACCCAUUACCAUCAACUAAUUCCCGGUCGGGCAGGAGGCCGGCUCCUCCAUCCUUCUUGUCGUGUCAUACAUCGAUAAGAGACAUUCGUGCGAUGCGACGCAAUGAGUAACCGCACCGUGGCCUUGUCAUCUGCUCUUACCCAAUUCCUCUUGGAUGCCAUCCCGAGAGCAGACCGGCCGGCUUCACCGCACACAACAGUCCAUUAUUAUCAACCGCUUCACAGCUGUCCGGCCCUCCGCACUCCCCGAACCAAAUACCUUGUCUGUGAUUGGAUCUUUAACCGGCUCCAUCUUUUUGGAGAAGCUGCCACUGGAUAUCGUCUGUGAUCCGAAUACGUCCCUGUCCCUGACGUACAGGCUCUUGGCUGUACUACCAAUGUAUGUGCGUGCGUCCCGCAUGCGCGCCUAUCGUGCUGGCCCUGGCCUGUUGGAGCCAGCGUCUACCCACCCGGCCCGUCCAGCACACCCAUUCGCUGCUCACUGCAAUCUGGCCCAGAAAGCAGCACCAAGCAGCAAGCCGCCUUGCGUCGUGGGGGGCUCCAGGGGGUGUGGUCCUGGCCUAGCGGUCCCUCUCCUGCUCCUGCACAGACCGACUCAUCGUGCCAAGGCCGGGACCCUGCGAGGCCACCCCGGGAGCGUCAUCGUUCGCUCGUCCGGGGCUCCGGUCUGAGGCUGUACACGACGUUCGGCAUGGGAUGAGACAAAAAGGAGGCGCCGACAUAUAGUACGGCUCCAUCCUCCACUUGCAAGGCCGUCGAUCCGUUGCUGACGCUGGGAGCGGUGAAGCCUUUCCCUGGCACCGUUUGUUUCCAUUGAUCCAAAAAAAUUGCUCUCAGUCGUGUCAGCCUCCAGAUGGAACGCCUGGACCCUGGUUUGUGGAGCC